GGGGCGGCUUCCAAGAACAUGGCUUAUCAUGGCAGGAGCCUCAUUCUUCUUCUGCGCUGGGAAGCUGCGUUUCGAUAGGAACUUCUUGAUUCUUUUGAAACAGCCUACAGAAAAUGAUAAAGCAUAUUUCGUUCAGUGUCAGGAUAGGUCCAUCUAGCUAGACGCCGUGUUUCAAUGACGCGUUGCAUCAUUGACUUUCUAUUAGCGUCAUGGAACCCGCUGCAAGCUUCACGCACAGAGCCUUUGGUUCCCAGAAGUAUGCUGAUUGAGAUGCAUGUUUGACUGUUCAAUGAUCUCCAUACAAACGAUAAAUCUGAUGCUUGACAAUGGCAGUUACUUUGCGAAGCCGUCGAACGACUUCUGACACUCCACGAGCGAAGCGAAAGAUCAAUGCCGCACCUAAAACACGCAAGCCUCCAGCAAGGACGCCCACGCGGGUAGAUACCGAAGACCACCCAGUCGUCAUCUCAACACCCCCCGGUUUUCCUUUUGAGCUCCAGCCUGCAAAGUAUGGCCUCAUUCAAGAGCGUGUAUGCGACAGCUUGUAUGCAUUGGUAGUCCAAGCAAUCCUAUGGAACCAGACUCGGGGCCAAAUGGCACGUCCAGUGCUCUUCAGUUUACUCGUGGCCUAUCCAUCGCCAAUUGAGCUCUCCACCGCAUCUCUCGAAGAUUUGACAACAAUGUUGCAGCCCAUAGGCCUCCACCGGAUUCGAGCGGCCCGCCUUAUAGCACUGGCUGAAGCCUGGCUUUCCGCUCCUCCAUGUAAAGAGAGAAGGUACAGGAGGUUACAUUAUCCUGAUCAUGGAUGUGGUGCAAAUGUCAAGCCAGGAGAGAUCUUAGGGCCUGACGACGAUAGAGAAGGCUGGGAGAUUGCGCACCUGCCGGGCAUGGGUGCGUAUGCGCUUGACAGCUAUCGCAUCUUCUAUCGCGACCGCUUGAGGGGCAUCGAAUCUACGAGCGGUGUUGAGCCCGAAUGGAAAAGAGUUGUGCCGACCGACAAGGAGUUGAUACCCUAUUUGAAGUGGAGGCGGGAAGAAGAGCGCUGAUGGCUGAAGCGCGGGAACAAUAUACAGUC